AUGCAACUCUUCGCUCUCCUUCUCGCCCUCGCCAUGGGCGCCCGUGCCGCCCCAUCGACUUAUCAGCCAUAUGGAGUAGAAAUCAAACCAGUGACUCCGAAGCAACUGGAACACAGCCAGCAGGUGAAGGGAACGACCAUUCUGGACCGCAUGGUUGAUGAGUGGGCUCUUCAGCGUAGCCUCCGAUGCUAUUUCGAUUUGGCUGCAUUGCGCUGUGUCGUCGCGCGGAGCGGAUGGCCGCGGGAGAAUCGUUUCUACGAACUCAAAGUACACGUCGAAGUACCAGAGGUUGGUCACCAAACCGCUUGGAGCACUCCUUACAUCUACUUUGGGGACAAGAAAAACGUCAACGACAAUGACGCGCUUACCCAACUGUUCGACGCACCCAGCCCGAACUAUGACAAUCUAGUCACAAUUGAUAUCAGAAAAACAUUUGGCGAGCAGUAUAACGCUCCUCUGGCCAGGCUUUCCAAGUUCAAAAUAGCACAACCCCUGGCCGUUGCCCAAUUCCCCAUCCCUGCCCUCGUCUUCGAGAUGAGGCUGAAAGGCAGCCCCAUGGUAUUCACCCAAACGGUACAAGCCGACAAGAAUCAUGAGUACUGCGAAAACGGAGAGUCAGGCUACGCCAUUACCAUGGAAGGAGAAUUGAAGGAGGAGGGCUGGCAUGCAGAAGUUGACUUGGAGCCUGAAGCUUCGGAGAAGAUAAAAUCAUUGAACGACGUAAGCGCAUUGACUUCAGCCAGCCACCUGACCAAUCCGCACAGGAUUAACAUGAAUGCAGGCUAG